AUGCCCAAGGACAAGAAGAGGCGAGCGCGGGCCAACGUGAGCACUGCCUCGGCCGCGCAGAAUGCUCUGAGACGGACGCUCGCGACGCCCAACACGAACCUGGGCCAGCACUUCCUCAAGAACCCCAUGAUCGUGACGCAAAUCGUGGCCAAAGCCGCAAUUCGGAGCACGGACGUGUGUCUUGAGGUCGGACCGGGUACAGGCAACAUGACGGUGAAGCUUUUGGACCAAUCAAAGCGCGUCGUGGCCGUGGAAUUCGACGCUCGGAUGGUCGCCGAGCUCCAGAAGCGGAUCCGGUACACGGAGCACUUGAGCCACUUGCAGAUCAUCCACGGCGACGUCAUGCGCGUGCAGCUGCCGUUCUUUGACGUGUGUGUGGCCAAUCUGCCGUAUCAGAUCUCGUCGCCCUUUGUGUUCAAGCUGCUGGCCCAUCGGCCCAUGUUUCGCUGUGCGGUGAUUAUGUUCCAAGAAGAGUUUGCCAAGCGGCUGAGUGCCAAACCCGGGGACGAGCUGUACUGUCGGUUGUCGGUCAAUACGCAGCUACUGGCCAAGGUGGAUCAGCUGCUGAAAGUCGGUCGCAAUAACUUUCGCCCGCCGCCGAAAGUCGAGUCCCGUGUGGUCCGCAUUGAGCCGCGGAAUCCACCGCCACCUGUGAACUUUACGGAGUGGGACGGUCUGAUUAAGAUCAUCUUUAAUCGCAAGAACAAGACGCUGCACUCGUGUUUUGUGACCAAGUCAGUGCUGAAGAUUCUCGAGGAGAACUACAAGACGUACUGCUCGCUGAACAAUGAGCCCCCAGAAGGCGAUAUCGAGAUGAAGAAGAAGGUGGAAGAGGUGCUAGCUAUUGACGACUUUGGCGGAAAGCGUGGUGCUAAGAUGGACCAGGACGACUUUUCUGCAGCUGCUAGAACGGUUCAACGCAAACAACAUCCAUUUUUCUUAGAUCCGCUGUUGUCACGCAGUGUGCAACAGUCCUGUAGGGCGAUGGAAGCUGCUACACCGGACGAUGUGCAUCAUCUGGCAGACAGCGCACAUGAUUGGAAGCAAGCUUCAUGUGAGGAGUGGAGCGUUAGUGCCGAAGUCACGAGCACAUUUCGGGAACAUGCUGACAACAGUAGCAAGCGCAGUCACUACGGCGCCGAGCAAGCUUGA